GUCUGUCAUGUUGGUCGGACGUCGUCGUCCUCCCAUUCAAUGCCAUCUGCCUGAGUGCGGUAUUGCUCAUCGGUCGGUGCGUCUGAACGACUGUCUGCUUGAGCGCUCAACGACCAUUCCGCCCGACGACGUCGUUCUGUGGCGGCGGUGAGUGUUGUGGAUGCGACAGCGGCGGCGGAAUCGACUGCAUCUCUCCUGAUGAUCAUCGUCUCUAGCACCCAUCAGCUGCAGAGUCGAGUACAAUUAGCCAACAGGUGGAGUGGUGGCGGCAGCUGACCAGAGUUUUGUUUCGAUAGCCUCACUCAGUGGUUUUAGUAUCGUGUAGUGUUUCGUGCUCUUAUCGGUGGAAGAGUUUGUGCGAACGAGUCUUCGUCCGAGAGCCACAUCGGAACAGUGUUGUGGUGGUCUGUGCAGUUUCCGUGCUUUGGGGAUCGUAUGUGUGUGUGGUGUGUGUGCUCCGGACUAUGAACUUCUGUGAUCGGCGGGGGGCGGAUAAACCUUCAUCAUUUGACCAUCGCUUGCUCUAGAAAAGUGUCUCUUUGGCAAGAUGACGAUGGACGGAGCAAAAGAAAUGACGGAGCGUCGAGGACUACAAGCGCUCCAGUAUUGGUGCCAAAAAGCCACGAGUGGAUACCACGGGGUGCGUGUGAGCGACAUGAGCUCCAGCUGGAGAGAUGGACUCGCUUUCUGCGCCCUCAUUCAUCACUACCGGCCCGAUCUGAUUGAUUUCGACUCUCUUCAAUCAGAGAACGUCCUUGAAAAUAAUCAGCUGGCAUUCCGAGUGGCCGAGAAACAGCUUGGUAUUCCCGCUCUGCUGGAUGCCGAGGACAUGGUCAAAUAUCAGGUCCCAGAUAAACUUUGUAUCGCCACUUACGUCUCCCAGUUCUACCAGUACUUCGAAGGCGGUAUGGCCCGCAUGAAAUCCGCCUCGUCCGCCCCCCAAAACUGCAUUCCUCCUGCAAGCAGCAAUUUCAAUAUCGGGCCCCCAACCAAGAGCCCGGUCCUCGUCCGCGCUAGCGCGUGUUCGGCGUGUUCGAACAAAGUCUUCCUGCUGGAAAGACUGAUCGUCGGCACCAAACUCUACCACAGAUCGUGUUUCCGCUGUUGUCGAUGUGAUUCGUUGUUGAAUCCCGGAGCUUACGCUUUGGCCGACGAUGCGGAGGACCGAUACGAAUGCACCGUGUGCCCGAAGGACGAAGGCCCAGAAUUCAAGAAGAUUAUGCUCAAAAGCGAGCUCGGAAUCCCGCGCCGACGUCUCGAAUCGUUCAGCUCCGAGUCUUCGACCGCUUCAUCCGACUCGAGGCCUUCCUCGGCGAGCAGCAAGCAAAUCGAUGCCAUCAGGGAGUUUGCUGAGACUCCCGCUUCGACAUCAGGCAGUGAGCCCGAGCUCACCCGGUUGAAAGAUUCCCAGAGGAACGGAAAAACUGAUUCGCCUUUCCUCGCCAUUCCAAACUGCAUCCCUGUGUCACCUCUCGCGCAACAAUCCACAGUCAUAUCAGCUAGAUUCAAGCCUCAGAACUCACACGACAUCACGAAACCCGAAGUAGCACCGAAACCCAUAGCUCUAAUCGCCGCGACCCGGAAGCCCAGAGACUCGGAGGGUGGUAAUAGCCUCCCGAAACCCUCUGUGUCGGCAGAUCCCGCGAAGGUCACGAUAGAGUCGUCGAGAAGUCCUUCUCCAACGAAGUCACUGAAAAGCGACUCGGUGUGCUCUACGCCCGAUUUGAUGAGCCGCCGCGAAAACCUCCGGAAAACGCCAACGGAGGCCGACCCGCUCCCGGAACGUCGCCUGAGCAUAGGGAGUUCCAAGAGCAGCGACGGUCCCACGUCAUUCGACGAGCGUCUGAAGAAACUCUCGUUGAGGAGUCCGUCAGAACCGAGCGCCUUCCAGAGGACGAGCAGCUUGCGAGCGCUGCCAACGAUUGUUCCUCUGAAGACGGAAAGGCUAGAGACGGAUAAUAAGGUCCGCUCGCUCAACUCUCUACUGAUCCUCCCGGAUAAACCGAAACCGGCGCCGCGAAAACUCGAAGAUUCGUCGUACGAGAGCCCUUAUGCCGGUAGGCGUUCAGCUGGCUCCUUCCUCCCGAUUCAGAGCGAUCAGCCUUCGCCAGCCACGAGCCCUACGCCUCUGCCCCGGAAGAGAGCUCUGCCGGAAAAGAAGGAAGUAAUCGAAAAGACGCGAGACGCUCCGGAAGACACCGCAAAAGGAGAAGCUCUAGGGACAACCGUCACCCCGCAACCGGGAGACCAGAGUCCCGUUCCUCCGAAACCGCGUCGAGGCAUUGCUCGGAAGCUGCAGAAACAAGCUGAAGAGGAACGGAAGUCCUCGGCGGCGGCUUCAAAUUCCUCCAACCAGACGCAGUAUCCGGUGGCGCUGAACCCUUUCGGCGACUGUGCAGAGGACAAGGUUGAAGACACUACAGGGGUCGAGACGCCGGAGCCUGGACCUCCGUCCACGCAGUCGUCCACAGUCCCACCCGGGAAAGGGGCGAAAUCGAGGUCGGAUUACCCUGAAACACUGAAUCCGUUCCAGGACGCCGUGGAUGAGGACGCUCCCGGAUCUAUCUCACCAGUGCAGCUUUCGAUAUCUUCCAAUGACACCGCACCGGUCAGCUCGGUCCACAGCGACUCACUGAAUCCAUUCUUCGACGCCAGUCGGACGCCUUCGCUGAAAAAAUCACCGAAGAAGAGAGCAGCUCCGCUUCCCCCGUCUCGUCCGUCGACCACUUCCUUGAAUUCGAUGACACCACGCACUUCGGGAACGAGCUCACCCUCGGUGACGCGGAACUCAUCCACCGUGUCGCAGAGGAAGGAUGCACCCGCAACGGCUAGUCCAGCCGCGAACCCACCGAUCAUGACCGAAGCUCGCAAGAAGAAACGGCCAGCGCCCAGCGUCCCCGUACCGAUGAAGAGAGAAUUGCAGGCCGUGAGCUUGAAGGCUAUCCAAGCCGAAAUGAGGACCAUCGAAAAAAGAUUAGUCGAACUGGAAACACAAGGAAAGAACAUCGAGUUAAGCCUUAGGCAACUUCCCCCGCCCGGAGAAUCUGGUGAGAGAAGCUUCAUCAUCGAGAUUCAUGGAUCCAAGUUAUCAUCUAAAACGAGAUACAAUUCUUCGACUUCCCCUUCGAAACCCUUCAUUCUAGUCGAUGAAGCCGAUGGGGGAAAUGUGCCGCACGAGGAGACUCUGAUGAUGGAGCUCUUCGAGCUUGUCAACGAGAAGAACACUCUUUAUCGGAGACAGGCAGAACUCAUGUACAUCAAACGUUACCAACGACUAGAGGAGGAACAAAUCGAGUUGGAAUAUCAAAUUCGCUUGCUCAUCAAUAAGUCAGUGAGUCAAAGAACGCCGGAAGACGAAAUUCGUGAAGCUGAAUUGAUUCACAAGCUAGUGGAGAUCGUUGAACUACGCAACGAAAUCGUAGAUGCUCAAGAAGUCGAUCGACAGAGGCUCACCAGAGAAGACGAAGACAUCGAAGCCCAACGUCUCCGAAUGACAUCAGGAGCGUCCGGUAGCGCAUCUUGCGAGCCCGUCGAACUCAGGCCAGAGGAGGAAAAGAGAAAGAAGAAGAAGAAAAAGGAUAAGAAGAAAGAUAAGUCGCAGGACAAAGACACGAAGGACCCCGAAGAUUCAUCGAAGAGAACUCUGAAGAAACUUUUCAAAGAGAAAUACAAAACACUGAAACAAGGCGCCGUACUGAAGAAGAAUUGAGGUGUUUGCACCGUGAAUAACGCAUCAAGAUCGGCGAUUGUUCAUUGCUUUUAAUUUCGUGCGAAAAAGCAUCCCCUCGGGGUUUUGUUGUACUCGGGAGUUGCCUUCCCCGGCGGCGAUGUGAGUUUGUGGGAACGCCUCAAAUCCGUUUCGAUCCACGUCCUUAGAUGACUCCAUUCUUUUAUUCCAAUCCUUUAAUGAAGAUUUCUAAACCCAAAGCUCUCAUGCGGACAAGAUUCGCCUUUUCCGAACGAUUAUUAUUUGUGCAAUGUCAUCGUGAACCAGGUCUUCUUUGCUCGGAGACACAGAAAAUAUUGCAGUCGAGUUCAUCCAAGAUUACCUAGGUGUUCGUAGCUCCCGCGCGGAUGGGAUACAUUCCGUGGCUCCAGUUUUCGAGAGUGAUCGCUGGACCGAUCGCUCAGAGUUUGGAAAUAUAUUGUGAUUUUG